AUGACACCCCCAACUCCCGAUCACCAGCUCUCCUCGGAAGCUUCAAGCGGCAGCACCGCCGACUCCAAAUCUACCACGCCUCCUCCAUCCAGUACCGACUCGUCCGCCUCUAUCGCCGCCAUGCCCAUCUCGGCUGAUGACAACCUCACCUGCCGAUGGAACUCGUGCAGUCAAAAGUUUGCUACGCCUGAGCUGCUUUAUGACCACAUCUGUGAACGUCAUGUUGGUCGCAAGAGCACAAACAAUCUGAAUCUCACCUGCCAGUGGAACUCGUGCCGUACCACCACCGUCAAGCGCGACCACAUCACCUCGCACAUUCGUGUCCAUGUGCCACUCAAGCCUCACAAGUGCGACAUGUGCGGCAAGUCGUUCAAGCGUCCUCAGGAUCUCAAGAAGCACAUCAAGACGCACGCCGAUGACUCGGUUCUUAUGCGUUCUUCCCAGGAGGCUCACAACCAGGGCGGUAUGAACUACAGACCUCACAUGAACAAGGGUGAGUCUUUUGAGAAUCAACAUGUUAGCGAGCAGGAUGGAACAGGAAAAGAAGAACAAGAAGGAAGAAGAGAAGAAGUAGAGAAGAGGAGAGAGGAAGAGAAGAGAGGAAGAAAAGAGGAAGAAGAAGGAGGAGGAAACACAGUGCUGACACACAACACAGCCCCCAGCUAUUACGACCACAACAGCCAGAUGCGCCACCAGUUCCAGCACCCGCCCACCCAUCACGGCGGCUACUACGCGCCCCAGCCGUCGACCAACUACGGCCUCUACUUCAACCAGCCACCUCUCAACAACCAGCGCAACGAGCACCUCGGCUACCAGGGCGCCCCGGCCGCACACAACGGAGGCGGCUACGACCAGCGCAAGCGAGCCUUCGACAUGGUCGACGACUUCUUCAGCAGCGCCAAGCGCCGCGAGAUCGACCCCUCGUCGUACAGCCAGAUCGGCCGCUCGUUGAUGCCCCUGCACGGCACCCUCUCCAUGCCCGGCCCCGGCCCGUCCCCCAUGGUCCAGGAGCAGCAGCAGUACAUGGGCGGCGGCGGCGGCACGGCGGCGGCCAUGGCCCACGCGGCCGGCCCGGCGCCCACGCAGAACCCCCUGACGCAGCAGUACUACCUCCCGACGCCGCCCCACGCGCGCACGCAGAAGGACCUGGUGCAGAUCGACCACCUGCUCGGGCAGAUGCAGGACACCAUCUACGAGAACGCCAGCCACGCCACGGCCGGCGUCCACAUCGGCAGCGCCGCCGACGGCUUCGGCGCCGGCUACCGCAACAGCCCGUCACCGUCCAUGUCGCAGCGCCGGUCUCCCGGCACCAUGGGCGGCGGCGCCGUACCCACCCAGGACGCCUACCAGCACCACCAGCACGCCAUGUCGGCCGCCGGCAUGCCCUCGCCCCUCACGGCCAUGUCGUCGACCGGCACGCCCGCCGUCACCCCGCCGUCCAGCGCCAUGUCGUACUCGUCCGGCCACUCGCCCAGCCCGUCUUCGUCGGCCAUGUCCCCCCAGUCGCGCCACUCAACGUCCGCCCCGGUCAUGUACCCCAGCCUCCCCACUAGCCUGCCCGCCGUCUCGCAGGGCUUCGGCCAGUCCACGACGGCCACCCUGGGCCCCAGCUUCGAGAGCAACGAGCGGCGCCGCUACUCGGGCGGCAUGCUCCAGCGCGCGGCCCGAGCCCCCGCACCGGCACCGCCCAGGUCCGUCAUGCCGGAGGACAGGGAGAGGCGGCCCUCGGUCGGCAGCGGCGCCGGCGCCAUCACCCCCAAGGCCGAGCCGUCGCACCUGCCGCCCGUGUCACCCCCCCUGUCGGACGACACGGUCGAGAGCGACACCGCCCGCGAGAGGGAGGAGCAGUACGACCGCUGGCUGGAGAACAUGCGCGUCAUCGAGAGCCUACGCGAGUACGUCCGUGGACGUCUCGACCGGAGGGACUUUGUCGCCGACCAGGAGGACGAGGGUAAGCCCGAGAGAGCCCCCGAGAGGGCCUCCGAGAGGGAGGCCGAGCCCAUGGAAGUCGAUGCCAAAAGCCCCAGGAGUCAGCCGCUCCCACCGCCUCACGGUCACCCGCGGGAAGGGUCUUCACUCUACCCUAUCCUGAGGAUGCCUGGAUCUUAG